CUCAAAAGUCGGCCCCGUCAAGGCGAUUUCACAACUGGAAAAAAAUAUUCCUAUUUGGACCCGGACCGCCUGUGAGUUCGUCUUGCCUCACGUCCUGAGCAGAGCCGCUUCACGGCCCCCCAGACGGUCUCCGGCGCGUUGAACGGUCCACAGUACGAAAAACGUCUGCAAUCGCGAGAGAGGAAUGCAAACAUCGUUUGUUGACAUAGCCCGCAAUGUUUAAUUUGGAUUUGAAGCAUGUUCUGCGACAGAGCGGAGUCUGUAAGAAGGCCGAGUGCGACGUCUUGACGGUGGCCGGCGUCUAAAGUCUGCUUUGCACCGAGAUCGUGAUAAUGUGAAGUUCCCGAUAUGGACCAAAGAGCUACUGCAUCUUCGGGCGAUAGCCCAGAAUACGCCGUCCAGGCAGACCACCCCUCCUCAAUUUCGGACGCCGGAGGAGGAGAAAGCGAUGCAACGGCCGCCGCCCAGCUGUCCUCCCUGGACCCCAAAGUGCAGGCGUACCUGUCGCAGAUGUCCAGGGAGUCGGGCUGCUGGAGUGGCUGUUUCCCCAUUCCGUUUGAAAGGGCGGCAAGGAGAUCGUGGUGGGAUCCCGCAUUCGACUCGGACAUACUCGAGGACCAGUACAGAAGGAGCUCCAAUCCGCACAACAAUGUCAGGUUUAGAUACGCGCUACUGUACCUCUCCGCUGUCUCGACGAUCUGGCUGGUCUAUUUCCUGGUGGUCGGUUUCCUGGGCGACAUACACUCCCGACUGAUGGUCUGCAGCCUUCUACUAGUCCUCUUAGUCAGCCUGGCCUUAUCUCUCUCCUUCACCUACACCAGGCUCUACCACAAACAUCAGCACUCGAUCACUGUCGCCAUUUCACUGCUACUCAUCAUGCUCAGUCUCAUCUUUUUACUUGUGGUGAACCCCUUGCCUGUGGGGAACUUUUCUCUUUGUAUCCAGAUGUUGUUCCUACUCUACACUCUCGUACCUCUCAGGCUGUAUGCCAGUCUGAUAUUCGGCGUUCUGUAUUCACUUGCAUUCGAGCUGCUCGUGUACUUCUUGGAGAGGCAGCACAAUUACUCUUUGAUGAACGAUAUUAUGAGACUGCUGUGCCACGUGGCAGUACACAUCAUUUGUUUCCACAUUUGCCUGAUGAACAGCGUACGAAUGAGAAAUACCUUCAUGAAGGUAGGACAGAGCCUUCUAGUUCGAAGACAACUAGAGCUUGAACAACGAUUGAAAGAGAACAUGAUACACUCACUGAUGCCUAAAAGCGUGGCUGAUUGGUUGAGAAAAGAAGACGAGAACUUCAACAGGCGUCAUUCGAACGAUUCCUCCAAUGACAUAAGAUCUUUAUUUAGACCUUUCAAUAUGGAUCACAUGGAAGACGUCAGCAUACUGUUUGCGGACAUUGUGGGAUUCACGAAAAUGUCGAGUACGAAAAGCGCUGAAGAAUUGGUGGAUAUUUUGAAUAAUUUGUUCCAAAGAUUUGACCUGUUGUGCAAAAUACAUAAUUGCGAGAAGAUUUCGACGCUGGGAGAUUGUUAUUAUUGCGUUAGUGGAUGUCCAGAUGCAAGGGCUGACCAUGCUCAAUGUAGUGUGGAAAUGGGAUUGGCAAUGAUUGAAGCGAUCAAGCAGUUUGAUGAAGAAAGGAACGAAGGCGUCAACAUGCGUGUUGGCAUCCACACAGGAACUGUGCUGUGCGGCAUUGUUGGAACUAGGUGUUUACAUUUUUUUAUACUGGAUGAGGUUUAAGUUUGACGUGUGGAGCAAUGACGUGACGUUAGCCAACAAGAUGGAAUCAACGGGCACUCCUGGUACGGUGCAUGUUUCGGAGAAAACUGUGAAUUUUCUGCAGGAUAUGUAUCAAUUGCAGGAGGGAGAAACCGUCAUGGGCUUCAAAACCUAUUUCAUUCUUGGCCGAAAAUCGACGCCAUCAACAGCACCGUCGGGCGGUUCCUUUCGGGCGGAAGGCAAGCACAAGUACGCGAACUCCUUGCAUCUGUUCGUGUCACCACCACCGCCAUCUCCAGCGAGGCCGCGCGUUCUUUCCUGCGACGAAUCGAGUAGUACCAGGCAGUUCCAGAGGCAUUUGCUGUCGCCCGACCCUCCCAAGGUGAAGGCCAGCAGUUUGCCUAGUAUAUUAGACGUCGAAAAUGAUGAUGGUACGUGUACAAAAGCGGAUCUCACAGGUAUCGAAGACGUUAAAACCCCUACAAGUACGGCUAGCUCCGGGAAAUAUACUGUCAAACUGAAAAAUUGGAAAAUACUAAAAUUCAUCAGGAAGACAUCAGAUCCAAGACAAGAGAUGGAUGUAGAUGUCUUCACUUUGUCACCGCCUCCAGGUGAAGGUGGUUAUCAACAAGUUCCUGCUAUAAUCGAGGCUAACGGCAAAAAAGAAACAUCGCCGCUGAGCGUGAUAAACACUACGGACCCAGAAGACGUGAUUAAAGAGACGAUCGAUAUUAAGUCGUACAUCAGCCAAUCCCGGAGCGAUAUCGGGCAAUUUGAAUAUUCGCCGAAUGCAGAUUUCAUGAGGGGAGGUAGUUACAGAUCGCAAUAUGGAAGACCUGCUCAUCUAGAUGACCUACCAUAUCUACAAAGGUCAGGGAGCAGUAGAUCGAGGCGAGGGCGAUCGCCAAAUCUAGAAUGUAUAGAACCGACGGAGCGCUGCAGAAGUGCGACAGUGUCGAACAUCAAUUACCAAAGACCAAAGAGAUCUCUCGAAGUACCAAGUAGACUAUCUAGCAUCGCAGCCCUCGAUGUUACCAACCAAAGUAGGAAAGACUCGGGUAUCAAGAGUAACAGUAGAAGAAGUAGUACCAGUAUGCAACAGAUUGACACAACCCUGUUAAACUCUGAAAUGCUCCAGCACAGGGUGUCAGGCUACUACACCUCCAGCCAAUGCUCCAUAAACAUGACACUACCGUCCCGCCACAUGGGGCCAUUCUUCGACAAAUUCGGUACCUGCAUCCAAAACUUACGCAAGCAGUCCGAUAGACAGCUCAUCAAGUGUGUCCAGGACAACUCCAAGUCGAGAUCGUCUUAUUUCAUCAAACCUCCUCUCUCGAAAACGACGCUUUUCUUUUCGGACAAGGAAAUGGAAAAGCAGUAUAGGAUGAAUGUACAUCAUAUUCCUAGCAGAGAGGAGCACGCAGUAACCACAUUGGCCAAUUCGAAUUUUAAUACGUAUUUGGAUGUCGUCGUGUCGAUUUUGGUGUUUUUGCUGGUGUCGAUAAGUGGCGCACUUGCGUAUGGAGUUACGUAUGCGUGGAUGAUUACUUUUUUUUGUUUCCUGGCGUUGCAAUGUUUGGGCCUAGCUCUGUGCGUCCGUAGCCUAGUACGCCUGAUGGACAGAAUUUUCUGGUGUUUCAUCCGUUUUUACCGAUGGAAUUUUUUGGGCCUCAUCCUUGUCAGUCUCCCUUUGAUAUCAGCUACGGUCAACUUCCUGGAUGACGGCAACAUAGCCCCAGCGCAUCUGAACACCUUCAGCUACCUCUUUUUCGUAGGCGUCAUGCACUUUUGUAACUUCACGCAGCUGAAUUGUUGGAUGAAGAACAUCGUGGUGAGUGCAUGUGUGAUAGCGCUGACCUUGACUUUCAUUUGGAACCCCUGCCUGGUCGAAAACGGAGGUCUCACCUUGCCGAACGGCACAUUCGAUGAGGUUUUGGUCUCCGAUUCGAAGUACUCGGAGAACAUUACUGAGCCGUUUGCGAAUGAAAGACAUGCUAGACAAUGUUUUUUCUACAAAUCAGAGUUUAUUCUGAAUGAGCUGUUGUUGGUCUUGCUGGUCUGGAUGCUGACCAGGCAGUUCGAAAUAGUUUUCACGCCAACUUCGUGGCAAACAAAGACAAAAACAAAGUACAAAGAUUAA